AGCAAGUUUAUUAAUGUGGUAUGUUUUUAGCAACUCUGCUUUCUACUUUUGCUAAUUUUAUUUUUUAUAUAAAAUAAAUAUGAAAAUUGCCAUGAUUUAACCUGAUAAAACCAUUGUUCCAGUAACUUGGAUUUGCAAGCUUAACCUUAUGUGCUGAUAUCAGGACCUGAAACAUAAUCUUGAACCAUUCUCUAGUAGGCAUCAUGUACAAUUCAUAGUCUAAUGGUGGCUUCACAUCUUGAAGUGUCUCUUGCACCAUCCAUGAGUCCAUAUUCCCAACUCCAGAUCGCUCAUAUCACAUAGAUAGCGUCAGGUUUGCUUUGAUACCAAUUAUUACAACCCAACCUAAUAGAUCUAUUGACUCAAGAACUCAAAUCUUACAAGCCUAGAGUAACGCUUUGUAGCAAGCCAGAAACAUGCAUUUGUUGAUGAAUUUCAUUAGGAUAAGAAAUGGCUUUUAAACUGACUUGCAUCUGUUCCUUUUGAUAGGUCGAGUUAAAUAAUCGUUAAUGUUUAUGGAAGCUAUGAUAAUGAUUAUUAGGGCCACUUUUUAGCAUGGAUAAAUAUUUGUUUCUUUUGAAAGAAACUAUCAACAGGUUAUCAACCUUUGUGCAGCACUCUUUAAUGUUGGAAUCGAUACUCUAAGCUGAAAGAAUGAACUGGGAUGGUCCAAGUUACUCAAAGUAGACCAUUGCCUUUCGGUUCCUUCAUGGACUGAGCCCAGUAAGAUCAACUCAUUGUUUAGCUUGAAGCUUCACAUGUAACAUUUGUCUUGAGUGUUUUUUGGCAGUCUGCUCCAGAUGUGUUUUGCAGUUUAUUUAUACCAUCGAGGGGGAGAGUUCUUAUUCCCUAGGUUUCAAAGACUAUGGUAAGAAGAAUAUGUGAAACUAUCAACAUUAUGUGUGUUUUGAAGUCUUUUCUGUUAUAGUUAUCAAUGUUAGAUGUAGUUGAUGUCAUAAAGAUAAUUUUGUCUUUCUAUGAUGCAUUCUAUUGCUAUAUCUUGAAUCUUCUAAAGAAUUAAGAAAACAGUGAUUGCUGAAGGAUUGGUCUGAGUUUGUUCUUACUAUUGGUUCUCAAUUCUUCAAAUUCCUUUGGCAUGUCUGAGCUUUCACUUGUUGCUUGGAUACUCCUUAUUACAGAAGUGCUUAUUUCAAUCUAUUGUUAGAUUACACUAUUCCUUGUACAACAACAUUGUUGAUGAUUUGUAUACGAAAUGGGAAUCACCUGAGGAAUCACAAUAGUUCAAAUUCAGAUUUUUGGUUAAAGUUGAUUUGUCCUUUUCUUCUAAGAAGUAAUAUGAAGCCUGCAAUAUGGAAACAUUCUUGUAUCGGUAUCUAUUUUGUUCGAUGUGGAUCAUAGACAAUUUGCAGGGAACAAUGCUCCAGAAUUAGGCAAUUGGUUUAUCUUAACAAAGAAUGCUCCUGAAAUUUAUGGUUGCUUACAGCAAUUUGUAUCAGACAACAAUAUCGCUCCCACCUAAUGACAAUGCUAAUCCUACAAUUUCUCGAAGAAUCCAGUGACGAGAUUGUUGGCCCACUCCAAUGAACUCUUGAAGAAGAAGAAGAAAAGAACAACUUAGAUCAUAUGUGCAGUUUCAUCAGCCUUACUAAGAUGCUGUCAGCUCGGUGGAUGUUACACUUGGAACAAAGCCCCAAGUGCAGGACAAGAGCAAUCAUGGUGGUGGUGCAGUCUUCGUGCUCAAGAAUUCAUUUCAUUCGGUGCUCAAGUUGGUGCCACUUCAGACCUCUAUCCAUAUCCGAUACCAUUAACUCAUGGGAAGAAGGAAAAAAGGUAGAUCUUGAAAGGAGUCCCGUGGGAUGGGGUGAGACAGAUCUCGCGGUUCCAUCUUCAUCAUGGAUUCUGAUUCUGAAAGUAAUAAGUUGAUGUGGGCAAUCUUUCUCUUGGGUGGGUUAUGUUCUUUUUCUGCUUGGGGUUGACUCUCUUUGGUUAAAGGUCAACAACUUGCUAGUGGAGGGUUUGUGGUGGAAUGCAAAAGACAAUGUCACGUUCUCUACCAAAUUUCACUGUACCAUUGUUGUCUUACCUGAAACCCCACCAGAAGCAGACACCUUUCUGUAUGUGAUCAUUAUUCACACACCUGGAUUUCAUGGUGAAGAACUUGGAGAUUCCUUGCCAUAUAUAAUCCUGCAGCCGGGCAUGGCAAGAUUUGGUGAUCGGAGAACAGCAUACAUUGCAGACUAAAGCAUGCGGAGGAUGACAGUGCAACAAUCGACGGAGCAUCUCAGUGCGCCUUUUUGGACGUAGCUGAAUAAAAGUAUGGGUGUGCGUCCACCGUCGACCGCUACCUCUUGCAUGGGAAUCGUAACCUUCGUCACAGCCGUGUGAUCGGAGGAGGACGACCGGGAGGCAACGCUGGAGUGAACUCGGGUCGUCGCUUCGCAGUGACCUCUGACAUAUCAUCUCCGACUCACGGAUUAAUGGUAGGUCAUGAGGUAGAUGAAGCCAGCGUCAGGUAGUGGAGUCCACCGGUCAUGGAGGACUCUGUGCAUCUGGGUGUCUCUUCAAUGCCAAGGACUAAAUCUAACAGAGCAUGCAGUGCUGUUGCAGUGCAGAGGCAGCAUCACUGCAUCAUCAGCCUCGCUGCAACGACAACUACAAAAGGGUGUUGAUCUCAUCUCCAGCUCAAAGAAUGACUCCAAGUCCCCACUCCACUACAAGCCUUGGCAGCAGAAGACAACUCUGUCUCAGACCCAAAGAGUGGGAAGAAGAAACCAUGGCUUCCUCCUCCGCAGCUCACCAAACUCUCCUCCUGACUCUCUUUCUCUCCUUUGUCAGUGCCCUCAGCUCUUCCUCUGAAACAGACCUCCUCCUCACCUUCAAGUCCUCCAUGGAGGACCCUACCUUGGCUCUAUCCGACUGGUCCCCGAACUCCACGAACCACUGCAACUGGACUGGCAUCACUUGCUCCAAGACCACUUCUCUGGUCACCUCUGUGGAUCUUCACGGCCUCAACCUCACCGGUGACAUCUCUCCUUCCAUCUGCCAACUCCCUCAGCUCUCCGACCUCAACCUUGCCAACAACUUCUUCAACGAGGCCAUCUCUCUCCGGCUCUCCGAGUGCACCAGACUGGUCACUCUCAAUCUCAGCAACAAUCUGCUUUGGGGAACAUUUCCCGACCAAAUAGUUCUGCUCUCCAGUCUAUCUACGCUCGAUCUCAGUAGGAACCGCAUUGAAGGCCAAAUACCCGUCCGCUUGGGUUCCUUGGAGCGGCUCCAAGUUCUCAACUUGGGAAGUAACUUGUUCUCAGGUAUCAUCCGUCCCCCUGUUUUCAGAAACUUGAGCGAGCUAGUCCUUCUUGACUUGUCGCAGAAUCCAUCUUUGGCAUCUGAACUGCCUCGAGAAAUUGGGGGGCUGGCUAAAUUGAGAUGGCUUAAGAUGCAAAGAUCUGGUCUUUAUGGUGCGAUUCCUGAAUCCUUCAUUGGUUUGCAUGAGCUGGAGGUUUUAGACCUUUCCCAGAAUAAUUUGACAGGAAAAAUCCCUUUGGGGUUCGGGUUGGGUUUUCUGAAGCUGACUGCUCUGGAUUUCUCACAGAAUAUGCUUUCUGGAUCAUUUCCAGCUGAUGUUUGCUACGGGAAAUCUCUCAAACAACUCAGUCUUCUUGAUAACUCCUUCACUGGUCCAAUACCUUACAGCAUUGAGAAAUGCCUGAGCCUCGAGAGGUUUCAAGUGCAGGACAAUGGCUUUUCUGGAGAACUUCCAUCUGGUUUGUGGUCACUGCCAGAGUUGAAGCUUGUCCGAGCUGAAAACAACCAGUUCUCAGGUGAGAUGCCCGAUUUGGCUGGAGUUCUUUCUCAUCUGGAGCAAGUUCAGAUUGAUAACAAUAGCUUCACGGGGAGAAUUCCUGGAGGUCUUGGAAUGAUUCGCACCAUGUACAGGUUUUCAGCUUCGCUUAAUGGUUUCUCCGGUGAUCUCCCUGCUGAUAUUUUCGAUUCACCGGUCUUGAGUAUCAUAAAUUUGUCCCACAACUCGCUCACAGGGUCAAUUCCAGAGCUCAGGAACUGCAGAAAGUUGGUCUCGUUAUCCUUAGCAGACAAUAGUUUGACCGGAAACAUCCCACCUUCUCUUGGACACCUACCAGUGUUGACAUACAUUGACAUUUCCAGCAAUAGACUCAGCGGUGAGAUCCCACCAGAGCUCCAAAACCUGAAACUUGCACUGUUCAAUGUUUCCUUCAACCAGCUAUCAGGAAGUGUUCCAACUUCUCUGGUUUCUGAUCUUCCAGCUUCAUUCUUACAGGGAAAUCCCGAUUUGUGUGGCCCUGGGUUGCCAAACCCAUGCAAUGGGCCACUAAAAAGACGAAACUCUAAGACCAUUGGAUUGUUCUGGGCGGCAAUUGUGGUAUCCAUUGCUGUUGGUUUCACAGUCUUAAUUGUGGGGCUUUAUGUGGUGUGCAGGAUGUUACGAGGAAAGCCCAGAUCUGGAGCAUGGAAAUCGGUAUUCUUUUACCCUCUCGGGAUUACAGAAGAGGAGCUGCUAAUGGCUUUAGUUGAGAAAAAUGUGAUUGGUGAAGGUGCUUUUGGCAAAGUUCACGUCCUUCAGCUACCUGGGGGAGAAUUUGUUGCCGUUAAGAGGCUACUAAACUCCAGUAACUUGUCUUUCAGAAUAGUGAAGGCUGAAAUUAAGACAAUGGCCAAGGCCAGGCAUAGGAAUGUCGCCAAGUUGUUGGGCUUUUGUUACUCCAAAGGCACAAUUCUUCUUAUUUUUGAGUACCUGAAAAAGGGUAGCUUAGGAGAUGCCCUUCAUAAACCAGGCUUUUCACUAGAGUGGAGUUUUCGCCUCAAACUGGCUAUUGGAUCCGCACAUGGCUUACUGUACCUUCACAAAGAUUAUGUCUCACAGAUACUUCACCGGAACAUGAAAUCUAAUAAUAUCCUUAUUGGUGAUGGUUUUGAGCCAAAGAUAACUGACUUUGGCCUUGAUCGUAUAAUCGGGGAGACCUCAUACAGGUCAUCGGUAGCUUCUGAGUUGGGUAGCUAUUGCUAUAUGCCUCCAGAGUAUGGCUGCAGUAAGAAACCAACAGAACAAAUGGACAUAUACAGCUUCGGCGUGGUGUUACUGGAACUCGUUACUGGAAGGCCAGCUGAACAGCCGGAAGUUAGGGAGUCCCUCGAUGUCGUCAAGUUUGUAAGAAGGAAGGUGAACAUGACAAAUGGAGCUCUCCAAGUAUUAGAUCCCAAGAUCUCCAGUUCAGCACAGCAAGAGAUGUUGGAGGUACUCGAACUUGCUCUUCGAUGCACUUCUAUAUUGCCUGAGAAGCGACCAGCAAUCGUCGAGGUUGUCCGAUCCUUGCAGUCGCUUGAGCCAAUCGCCCACCCUCCAAUGUUUUCCAGUGAGUUGCCUUCUGCCGAAUAAUGUACAAAAAGAAUCAUCUGCCUUUGCUAGUGUUCUAAUAUGCAGGAGUGCAAGAAGGAAUAGAGGUUUUGUAUAGCAGAACUUACAUUGCUUUUGCUGCUGCUUUUCCCUGAUGGAUUGUACAGUGAAAAUUAGUAAUUUGGAGUGGUAUUUCCAUUAAUUGUUAUCCGCCA